AUGUCUAGAAUGGGAGAUCCUUAUCGUGAUUCCUCGGAAGCCGGUAGCAGUUAUGGCGGGAGCGGCCGUGGCGGCGGGGGCAACCGUUGGGAUAGUGAGCGGUUCGCAUCGGAGCGUGACCGAGUCCGCUUCGCACCAGAACGAGAUGAUCGGGAUUCUAGAUUUCUUCGAGCCACAGCUGGUCAUACACGAGAACGAUCUCACGAUGAUGUCUAUGAGCGUCGAGGACCACGAGGAUAUGAAGAGGAACGAGAACAUUACGAAGAACGAGAUUACUACGAAUCACCCAGAUUACAACGAGAGCGAGAACCAGAAACGGAAAGACAAAGAUCUACAACUAUUACAUUGGAGAGAGAACGAGAGAGGGAAAGAGACGAUUCUCCACCGCCUCGAAGAGCUGGUGGCAGACCGGCAUUUCUGAGAAGACAGAGUUCCCUAGAUACCUUUGACCGCAAGCCGUUGGUGAGGUACGAGAGAGAACAUGAGAGGGAAAGGGAUGAAUAUGGACCUCCUGCCAGACGUCCAGAUGUCAGACCACCUCCUUUGACACCGGUUCCACUACCAAGAACCAGAGGAUUGCCACCACCUAGAAGAUAUGCCGAACGAGAUUACGAGGAGAUCAAGGUUGCGGAACCCGACUUUUAUGGUGACGAAGACUUCAGAGCCUACCCCGAAGUAAUUAGAGAAAGGGAAAUCGUCAGACGAAGAAGAAGAAGAAGCCACGAAAGAAGAGGAAGUCACGAAAGAAGAAGCCACAGAAGCCAUAGCAAGGAAAGUCGUUCAACUGCUACGAGAAGUAUUAGAAGCGAAAGUGUCAGUUCGUCCGAUAGUGGUACCACGAUAUCAGUUAGAAGCGAGUUUCCUAAAAAGGGAAAGACGAGGAUGCCAGCUAGACUGGUCAGCAAGCAAGCUAUCAUCGAUUUAGAUUAUCCUUUCGUAGAGGAGGGUGAUACAAUCAUCAUUCAAAAGGCACUUGGAAGAGAGAAUAUCGAUGAAGUUAUUAAGUUAAGUGAAGACUAUAAAGCAGCAGAGAAAGCCAAAGAGACGAAGGAGGUAGAGACCACUCUAACAACAUACCUCGUUACUCCAGAACUCGAAAUGUCCGGUGGCCGAUCAGAAGCUGGAACCAUAAUCGAAGAACGUACUGAGGUCUUUACUAUCCCACCACCCCUACCAUCAGUACACCAUGCGCCUCCGCCCCCGCCAUCAGUUCAUCAUGCACCCCCACCCCCACCGUCAGUAUACUACACACCUCAACCUCCGCCAGAGCCAGUACGCUACACACCUCAACCUCCCCCAGAGCCAGUACGUUACACACCUCAACCUCCACCAACGCCGGUUCAAUGGGCACCACCUCCUGCAUCGAUUGUGUACGCACCGCCGCCUCAACCAGUUAUCUAUGCACCACCACCACCACCUCAACAACAUGUUGAAAUCCAUGAAUCUACUAGGAUUAUCGAACGUUCUCCAUCUCCAGCACGAAGCACUUAUUCUCACCAUAGCCAUCAUAGCCAUCAUAGCCACCAUAAUCACCACCAUCUUGACCCCGUAAUUCUGGAAGGACGCCCUCGAUCGCGAGACGAGGAAAGUGUCUUUUACGAGAAGCGGGAAAUCAUUGAACGCACAGAGCCUAUUGGUGAAAUGUCCUUAUCACGUUCUCGUAGUCACCGUAAGGAUGAGCGUUCAAUUCGGGCCGAAAUCAAAGCCCUCGAGGCCGAGAAAGAAGCCCUCAAGGCAGAUCGACGGGCCAACCGAGAGAUACGUCGCUCGGACCGUCAUCGUCGUGAAGGCGGUCGACAUAGCGAUAGCCAAUUGGUACUCUACGAAGAUGAAAUACAUGAUGGUAGAGAUGUGACCAUUGUAAGAAGAGAGAGGAUUGUAGAACCUGAAGGGGGCGUCAGGAUUGAAAAGGACCGAAAAGCUCCUCCACCAAAAUUGAUUAGGGCCAUGUUGGCUACUCUGACUUAA